AUGUCGUCCAACCCGGCUCCGGCUCCCAGCGCCGCCGUUACCAAGAUCAACGUCGACGCCCUCAACUUGCCCCCCUCGCCCGCGCCCUCGAGCCCCCGAAACGGCCGUCGCCGCUACGCCCUGGCCACGGAGCUCGUCUAUACCGAGGGCAAGGACCAGUACGGCGCCUCGAGCAUCCCCAUCUACCAGUCGGCCACCUUUAAGCAGACCUCAGCCGCCGGCGGCCAGCAAGAGUACGACUACACGCGCUCCGGCAACCCCACGCGCACUCAUCUCGAGCGCCACCUCGCCAAAAUCAUGGGCGCCCACCGCGCCCUUGCUGUCUCCUCGGGCAUGGGCGCCCUCGACGUCAUCAGCCGCGUCCUCCGCCCCGGCGACGAGGUCAUCACCGGCGACGACCUCUACGGCGGCACCCACCGCCUGCUCACCUACCUCGCCUCCAACGCCGGAAUCGUCGUCCGCCACGUCGACACCACAAAGGUUCAGGCCGUCGCCGACGUCAUCUCCCCCCGCACCGCCAUGGUUCUCCUCGAGACCCCCACCAACCCCCUCAUCAAGAUUGUCGACAUCCCCUCCAUUGCCGCCCGCGCGCACGACGCCAACCCCAAGUCUCUCGUCGUCGUCGACAACACCAUGCUCUCCCCCAUGCUCUGCAACCCCCUCGAUCUCGGCGCCGACAUUGUCUACGAGUCUGGCACAAAGUACCUCUCCGGCCACCACGACAUCAUGGCCGGCGUCAUUGCCUGCAACGACCCGGCUGUCGGCGACAAGCUCUUCUUCACCAUCAACUCCACCGGCUGCGGCCUCUCCCCCAACGACUCCUUCCUCCUCAUGCGUGGCGUCAAGACACUCGCCAUCCGCAUGGAGAAGCAGCAGGCCAACGCUCAAGCCAUUGCCGAAUUCCUCGAGCACCGCGGCUUCCGCGUCCGUUACCCGGGCCUCAAGUCCCACCCCCAGUACGACCUGCACUGGUCCACCGCCCGCGGCGCCGGCGCCGUCCUGGCCUUUGAGACGGGCGACCCUGCCGUCUCCCAGCGCAUCGUCGAGGCCGCUCGUCUCUGGGCCAUCAGCGUCAGCUUUGGCUGCGUCAACAGCCUCAUCAGCAUGCCCUGCCAAAUGAGUCACUCCAGCAUCGACGCCAAGACCAGGGCCGAGCGCCAGAUGCCAGAGGACAUUAUUCGCCUCUGCGUAGGCAUUGAAGAUGUCAACGACUUGAUUGAGGAUCUGUCUCGUGCUCUGGUGCAAGCGGGCGCCGUCACCGUCACUCUAGAUGGAUUCCACGCCACUGGCGAGGCAGAGAAGCUCGGCCAAACACCUCUCACUGCCGAAUAA